AUGGUGUGGCGCAUGUUCUCCUCGACUCCCCGUCGGCAGCAUUUCGUAUACUCCGGGUGGAGACCACGUGACGGUCGCACUUCCCCUUCCCCCGUCCCUCCGUCUCGCCCUGCUGCUGCCUUUGGCUUCACCCCUUCGGCGCAUAUCCGCACCUCGUUCGCAACCAUGGCGAACCUGUCCGCCUCCAUUGAGGCCCUCUCCCUCCAGUCCACCGACAAGAAGUCCAAGUUUCAGGACUGCUUCCCGUCGUUGAACCCCAUCGAUAUCUACCGCGAGCAUCUGUCGGAGGAAUUGGCCAAGAUCUCCGGCGUCGAGGCCGAGAAGAUCUUCCCUCGCAUCGCGUGGACGGCCACUCUGGAGAAGGGUGAUCUGUCGCUGGCGGUCCCGUCUCUGCAACUCAAGGGGAAGAACCCCAAGGAACUGUGCACGGAAUUCGCCGCCAAGUUCCCCGAGUCCGACCUCAUCCACCCUCCCACAGCAACUGGCACCCACUUGCAAUUCUUCUUCAAGCCUCAGCCUCUGGCCCACACCGGUCUGAAGGACCCCUCAGACCCCUCCAAGGGCAAGAAGAAGAUCAUUGUCGAGUUCUCAUCGCCCAACAUUGCCAAGCCCUUCCAUGCCGGUCAUCUGCGCAGCACUAUCAUUGGUGGUUUCCUCUCCAACCUUUACACGGUCAUGGGGUGGGACGUGGUCAAGAUGAACUACCUGGGUGACUGGGGCAAACAGUACGGCCUGCUGGCCAACGGCUACAAGUACUUCGGCAGCGAGGAGGCUCUGGCCAAGGACCCGAUCAACCACCUGUUCGAAGUUUACGUCAAGGUCAACGCCAUCGUUGCGGAGCAGGCCGGCCCGAUCAAAGAAUUGAAGGAGCAGAUCAAGGCCAAGAAGGACAAGGGCGAGGAUGUCGCCGCCCUGGAGGUCGAGCUGGCUCCCCUGGUGGAUGCCAGCGAGGACGAGAAGGCCCGCCGCUACUUCAAGAGCAUGGAGGAUGGAGAUCCGGAAGCGCUUGGUCUCUGGCGCCGAUUCCGUGACCUCAGUAUCGAGAAAUACAAGCAGACAUAUGCCCGCCUCAACAUUGACUUCGACGUCUACUCCGGCGAGUCGCAGAUCAAAGCCGAAAGCAUGGCAACUGCCUACGAGCAGAUGAAGAAGGCUGGUGUGUCCGAAGAGUCCGAUGGUGCCGUCAUUGUCGAUUUCAGCAAACACGGAGCCAAGAAGCUGGAAAAGGCCAUCAUUGUUCGCAAGGACGGCACCCCUCUCUACUUGACUCGUGAUAUUGGUGCCAUCACGGAGCGUGACGAGGCAUAUCACUUCGACAAGAUGAUCUAUUGCGUUGCGAUGCAACAGGAUCUUCAUUUGGCGCAGCUCUUCAAGAUUACCGAAUUGAUGGGCCACAAGGAUCUGGCCAGCCGCUGUCAGCACAUUAACUUCGGUAUGGUCCGUGGGAUGAGCACUCGCAAGGGUACCGUCAAGUUCCUGGAUGAUAUCCUGCAGGAUGUCGGUGACAAGAUGCACGAAGUCAUGAAGAAGAACACUGUCAAGUACGAGCAGGUUGCGGACCCGGCGAAAACUGCCGAUAUCCUGGGUAUCACGGCCGUCAUGGUGCAGGAUAUGACCGGCAAGCGUAUUAAUGGCUACGAGUUCAACCUGGAGGCCAUGACCUCAUUUGAGGGCGACACGGGCCCUUACCUGCAGUACGCCCACGCCCGUCUGUGCUCAAUGGCCCGCAAGGCGGAGCUGAACAUGGACGAACUCCACACGGCCAACUUCGAUCUCCUCACCGAGAAGCACGCUGUCGAUCUGACCCGUCUGCUUGCCCAAUGGCCGGAUGUGCUCUUGCAGACGGCUAAGACUCUAGAGCCCAUCACUGUCCUCAGCUACCUGUUCCGCAUGACGCGCAUGCUGAGCUCGAGUUACGAUGUGCUCAAGGUGAUCGGCAGCGAGCCCGAGCUGAAGAAGGCCCGCAUGGCCCUGUACGCUUCGGCUCGCCAGGUCCUGCACAACGGCAUGCGGGUGCUUGGUCUCAGCCCCGUGGAGCGCAUGUAA